CCAGGCCUCCUUCGACAGCCAGGACUUCCUCCAGGUCAAUGUUGAGGACACUGUCGAGAUGCUGCCCAAGUCACGGCGUGCGUUGACCAUCCAGGAGAUUGCUGCCCUGGCCCGCUCCUCUCUGCAUGGCAUCUCGCAGGUGGUGAAGGAGCACGUGACAAAGCCAACGGCCAUGGCACAGGGCCGUGUUGCCCACCUCAUCGAGUGGAAGGGCUGGUGUAAGCCAGUGGAGUCACCUUCUGCCCUGGAGAGCGCCUUCAGCUCCUACUGCCACCUUAGUGAGGGCGAGCAGGAGGCACGAUUUGCUGCCGGUGUUGCGGAGCAGUUUGCCAUCGCUGAGGCCAAGCUGCGAGCCUGGUCCUCAGUGGAUGGGGACGACUCCAAUGACGAGUCCUAUGAUGAGGACUUCAUGCCCUCCACAGAGAGCUCCCAGCCCACCGAGCUGACAGGCACGAUGCCUGCCAGCGUGCUGCUGCGAGACCUGCUGCAGGGCCACCUGUGCCAACUGGGCGUGCGGCACGGCUCCUGCGAGCCCGAGAGCGACUCCUCACACACCCUCUCCCCUGAGACUCUCUGCUCCAGCCUCUGCAGCCUGGAGAUGGUGUCCCCCUCCGAACUCACUGCCAAACUGCUGGGCUCCUUGGGGGGUGAGGACCUGCUGCUGCCCAAGCUGCCGCCCCCAGCCAGCCAAAGUGCCUUGCGGGGCCUGGCACGGCUCCGGUGCCAGGACUCCCUCUACUCCGUGUCCUACGCCGAAGCCUGUCUCUCGCCCACGGAGGACGAGGUGGUGCUGAGCAAGGACUUCCCACUCCGCCGGAAAAUCUCUGACGUCGCCUCCUCCGGGGUGGCAUCGCUGGAGGAGGAGGAGGAGGCCGAAGAGCCCUGA